AUGCUGUUUCUGGGCCUGGCCUUGGGCCUUUUGGGACUUCUGGGCCUCCUGCAACAGCUGUGCCUGCUGAUCGCCAGCCUCCCGUUUGAGCUCUUCUGCAGUGCGGCACUUCUGGCUGCAGGCCUGGUCUUGAUACUGGCAGACCAGCUUCAAAGUCUGCUGUUGAGGCGGCGGCUGCACUUGGUGCCCGGGCAAGUGCUGGGCGAGAUCACGCAGCGCUACCUGCAAGCCGCCCCGCGCCUGCUGGGCCUCCUCGCGCUGAGCGGGGCCAAGAAGGAGGGAUCCGAGGCGACGGCGGAGGCUACGCCUGGUCCCUUGGAGGUGCGGCAACUUUUGGUGGGACUCUCACCAGAACUGGCGGCCCUGCUUACCGCAGAGGACCCUCUUUAG